AUGACAGAAAACAAGAGAAAGAAGUCGUCUGGAUCAUUGACCAAUGAAAAACCAGGAUUGGAUCAACAGGACUGUAAUAUUGAUGAUUUGAAUUACGAGGCAAACAUUAGUGAAGCUGGAAACUACCUCAAAUUUCUACAGCUUACUCACCAUGAGGGUUCGCAGUCUGAUGAAGAAACUGGUGUUUACAACUCGGGAGACUUGGAUGGGUACAUAGAGGAUGAUAUUAUAGGAGAAAUGCCUCCCGCUGAGGAAGAUAUAGACUCUGAUUAUGAUUUCGGCCUUUCUGAUCUCACCGAAGCAGAUGAACACAUGAUGUACGAUAACCUUGAAUCGCCAACAUUUGAGAAUGUGGAAGGUGUUGAUGGAGCAGCCCCCGGAUCUGGAGAGUCUCCAGCAUACCAGGAUCCUGCAGAGAGGGAACGAGAUUUAGAAAAAUACAGAGAGGAACUUGCAAGAGUUGAGAGUGAGAUUACUACCCUAAGACAAGUUUUAGGGUCAAAGGUCAGAUAUGCCUCAGAACUGAAAAGAAAAAUGGGAAUAACUCCAUUCCAGGAGCUUAAACAAGAUAUCCACUAUGGCUUCAAAACUAUCAAAGAAUCGGAUACUGUUGUGAAGACAAACGAAAAGCUGACUAAUGUCAAAGAAAGAAUAACUGCCUCAAAUGCAUAUCAAAAGACUAACGAAAAACUCGUUGAAAUGAAUGAUAAAAUAACUCAUUCUCAAGCAUAUCAAAAGACAAAUGAAUACUUGGGUGAAAUGAAUGAUAAAAUCAGUAGCUCCUCGGCGUAUCAGAAAACGUCAUCCGCAGUGAAGACAGCAUCAGAGAAAACUAAUGCAGUUGUUACGUCCUUCGGUGCUUCCGUCUCGAAAAAGUUAGGAGAUAUUAGGAAUUCUAACACUUUCAAAUCGAUGGAGGAGAAAGUUGGUGGUGCUUAUUCUAAUGUGAGGACAUCCCGGUCUAUAGGAAAUAUAAAGGGGCGACUUGGUAUGGCCAAGGUCACAGGCAGUAAGUCGGAGGGAAGUUUUGAGGAAGCAUUACAGAGUGAAAAGGCCAAAGAAGGAGGUGCCAAUGGAACUACAGUGCCAGAAGCAAAGUCGUCAUUACCUGAGGAAAAAAUUCCACUAUGAUUAUAAGACAUUUGUGUCGACGUGACCAAGGUUCACACUGAAAAAUGUGCCGAUCAAAAGCUUAUUAUGUGAAAUCUUUGUCUAAUGAAAGCUUUCCAAGCAAAAUCUGCAUCACCUGUACGUUUGCAAUGCGAAAUCUUAUUACUUGAAAGCUUUUAAUACGACAAGGAUUGACACACUAAAAAAAAUUUCUUUCAAUUCCAAAUCUGCAUUAGAUGAAAGCUUGCAAUUAAUAUUAAGUCAGCAUCAACUGAAAGUUUGUGAUUUAUGACUUUUUAGGAGUCUGUGCCCCAAAGUAUGUUAAUACCUAUGUCAGAUAUUUACAGAAACACUUUUCUAAUACUAGCCCAGUAUUAUUGUUAGUCAAUCCCAUCCAGACCAGUCACUAGUAUAAUUACAAACCUAUCGAAAUCUCAGACCAAAAGGUUACAGAAUUUCAACCUGCGUUUUUUUUUUUAGUUUUAAGUUAUCGAUAAAUUGUCAACGUUAUUGUUUUGUGUGUUAUUCAUAUUACUAUGUUUAUUAAGUAUAUGAUUAAGUAGUGCUGUUUUUCGUUUGAAGUGGACGUUUUCUGUCCGUAUGGUCUUUUGGCACAUAUAUUUAUAGCAUGCAUUCACUGCAUUAAUCUUUAUACUCAAUAGAUAUGUUACAAGAUAAAAACAGUCAUUCAUUAUAUCUCCUUUUUUGAAUUGAUACAAAAACUUUCCAAAUUCAUAAAUUAUAGAGACGUAGCUGAAUUAUACCAAGAAUAAGAUGAUACAUGUAUAACCAGGGUCUGAUUUCAUUACUGACUGUCUGAAUAGGAUCUUUAUAGACCGCAAGAAAUUCAAAUUUGAAAGAAAAAGAAUCUGAUUUAGAAUUCUAAUGUUCACGAGGGACCAGAAAUUAAUUUCAUUCGAUGAUAUAUCCUGGGAUUGUUUUUAUAUGAAAUAAAGAUAUACAGCAUGCAGCCAUGUUACUCACACAUUAGUUUUACGAAAGCUUGCUGCAGUUAAUGGAAAGUUGAAGAAAGUAAAUAUCUUUCCUUAUUAUUAAUUCAGGAAUUCCAAGGAAAUGAGUUUACACAAUAAGACCUGCAGUUUGUAUGGGAUCAUUUCUCUUAUUGACAACAUUGUAUAUAUACAUAUAAAAUGUAUUGAAAAAAAUGUUGAUUACAUCAGUGUUCUCUACUUGUAUUGUACAUGUUGAAAUUUUUAUUGUAUUGAUGAAGUGGGUGUUGGACUGGUUCAAAAAGUUCAAAGGUCAGAGGUUUGGAUCAUGGUCUGGUUGAAGCUUGUUCCCUGUCCUAUUUAAGUAAUGUAUGUCAAGAGAUUACCUGAACCCUGAGUUGUAAAUACACCAUUGCUUUUUUGUGUCUUGAAUCCAUGGCCAAACCUUAGAAAAUAAUGACAGAGUGUAAUGGAAUGGGGAUGUAUGUCUCUCUCUCUCAGCUGGUUAAAUCAUCUACAGAUUGGAGGUUUCCAAUCCUGAGCUGGCCCUGUUGUAUUUUCCCCUUUUCUGUUUUCUAAGUAAUGACAUUUUACAUGGAGGUGGAGCUUAUGAGGAAAAGACAGAAAAUUGUCAUCAAAUAUUUGUGAAACAUGUUCUGUAGUUUGCAGGAAAACAUUAUACACUUGUUGCUGGUAACGCCAAUAUUUCAUUACAUGAAUGACAGGUUUUCAGUAACCAAGACUACAUGUUGGUGAAGUGAUGUCAAGAAAACACAAAAGUCUGAUAUUAGUGAGAGUUCACUCCCCCAGUGUGAAGUAUUAAGUGUUUCUCUAAUUGAUCAGUGUUACUUGAAUGCUUUGGUACUAGUAUAGCUUCUACUUCUACCUUCGACUCAUUACAGUUGAUUUUUUCUGUAUCGGGGACAUUUUCUGUAUUUCUGUAUUUCAGGGUGAAUAAUUGGUCUUUUUAUGGUCAAAAACAAGAUAGCUUCAAUAUUCCACUAUAACUGUUCAUGCAGUUUCAAUAUUGAAGAGAAGAAAUUAAAAAUUUAAUUUUCUUAACCACCUCUCCUUUAUCUGUUGGUUUUGUACCAAUUGUUGUAAUUUUCAAUCUAGCUGUCCUUUUAUGUGUUAACAAAUGAUAUGAAUAAGAGAAGAGAGCAUCAGUGUGUUUCAGUUUUGUAAAUACUUGUGUAUUUUAUAAGAAAUAAUUUGGAUUUGUUUGUAUCUUAACAAGUGCUUUAUUGGAUAUGCCCAUUGACCGUUUGCUCUAUUUUAUUUUAACUACCGUAUGAUUAAAAAUAAAGAUGUUUACUGUUCAAUUGUGAA